AGUUGUGGACAGCACUGGCCGGGGUCCUUUAACAUUGUUUAGUGUGGACACACAGGGCGCUCUCUCUCUUGUGCUGCUUUAUAUGUGAGAAGAAAAAGUGCAAGCUGUGCUCAUCCGAUUACAUAAUGACCCAGUAACAGUGAGUCUGAACCGGUGCUGACAGUGCCAGUGUGCAGGGACACACCCACUGACCCAGGGUGAUCUUCAUCGACUGUCUUUCAUACUUUUUCUCUCCGUUAUUCUGAGAUGCAAAAAUAAAGCAAUGUAAUGCCAGCAUGACAGCUAACUGAAACGGAUAUUAACUCAACAGUGCGACUACCCCUGAAGUUUGCUCUUCUUCCUUCUUCUCCAAAGACAGAUCAAAUUUUCUGUCUUUCCACAUGCUUGCCGGACAUUAAGAAACCUAAGAAAUCCGUAACAUUUCCAAGCUGCGGCCACAGUGAACUUGUGUUACAAGACAACAGAAAGUACCAGCCAUGACUUCGGCCAUGCCCCCUGUCACGCCCCCAUCCUCUGAAGGCUCCUCCCCUCAGAAAAUGUGCCACUCCCAGACGCAAACUGACAUCACAAAGCCGCUGCUGGCCAUCACAGGUGGGAAUGGUGGUGGAGGAGCAGCAGCAGCUGGAGGACCCAUUGCCCUUCACAGGAGGCGAAGAGUCCUCUCCAAAGAUGGUCGAAGCAAUGUGCGCAUUGAGCAUGUCCGUGGCAGAGGGACGCUAUACCUCAGGGACCUCUGGACGACUUUCCUGGACAUGCAGUGGCGCUACAAGUUCUUCCUGUUCUCUGCUACCUUUGCUGGGACCUGGUUCCUGUUUGGAGUUCUGUGGUACCUGGUGGCCCUACUGCACGGAGACCUGAUUGAGUUUGACCCCCCCUCCAACCACACGCCAUGUGUAAUGGAGGUAAAAACACUCACAGGGGCGUUCCUCUUUUCUCUGGAGUCCCAGACCACCAUUGGUUAUGGUUUCCGGUGCAUCACAGAAGAGUGUCCUGUGGCAAUUGUGCUACUCAUCACUCAGCUGGUCAUCACCAUGGUAAUGGAGAUCUUCAUCACUGGCACUUUCCUCGCAAAGGUUGCUCGACCCAAGAAGAGAGGUGAGACGGUCAAGUUCAGUCAACAUGCUGUUGUAUCAAGUCACGAGGGUCAACCAUGCGUCAUGAUCCGGGUGGCAAACAUGAGGAAAAGCCUACUACUGGGAUGCCAGGUGACAGGAAAGUUGCUUCAGACUUCCCUAACAAAGGAGGGUGAGACGGUUCGUCUGGACCAGCGCAACGUGCCUUUCCAAGUAGAUAUGUCCACUGACAGCCCCUUCCUUGUUAUACCGCUCACCUACUAUCAUGUCAUUGAUGAAAACAGCCCCCUCAGAGCUUGGGCAGCAAAAGGAGGUGGUUGGGCCGAACUUGCUGAUUUUGAGCUGCUGGUGAUCUUGAGCGCCACAGUUGAGCCGACUUCUGCGACCUGCCAGGUUCGAACCUCCUAUCUUCCGGACGAGAUCCUCUGGGGAUACGAUUUUCUUCCUGUUGUUUACAUUUCCCGAUCAGGAAAAUAUGUUGCUGAUUUUGCCUUCUUCGAUAAAGUGACCAAAUCAAAAUCUCCACCCCCAUUCAAACAGUCACUGUCACCCAGCAAACAGUCACAUGGGCCCCGAUACCACAGCAUUGAAGAAGAUGGAAAAAAGUUGAAGAAGGGACUGGAGGACAGUUACAGGGGGGACAAGAAAGGGCAAAAAAAGGGUCGCAUCAGUGAUAAAAGUCCUCAGAGUGUGUGCAUCAGCAAUGUGUGAUGAAGCUGAGACAGGAAGCAAAGGAAGAGAUGGUUGUCAAACCAAGAGAACAUCAAAACAAGAAAAAAAAAAUGAUCACAAACAAGCUAAGAUAAAUUCUCACAGGUCUGCUCUUGUAAAUGAAACUGCCUACAUGUGUGAAAAGUCAAUCCAAGAGCAGGACAGUAGACUUGUGGGCACGCUAGCAUCCCACCAUAUGAGCACAAAACUACAUAUUGGUGUAGACAAUGAGCGAUUGUUAAACUGAGUCACCGACAGACGUGAUUAGGGCAAAACAUUGCAUCAAUUUUUAAAGGGCCUAUGUCACCCUUUUAUUAAGUUUUUCAGAAUAAACUAUCUACAUAUAUAUGAUAAUAUAUUAGUUUUGGCACACUAAAGAACGAUUUCUAAUGAAAUAUAAAUUAUUUUCGUAGCUCGUUUUCCUACCCAGACGUAGGACGCCUCAAUCUCUGAGACAGAGGCUUUCAAUCCUUGUUGGUGCUGCCCUUUCGUGAUGUCGACCUAGGGUCGGCCUCGGUAAUGUGUCUGCGUUUCACCCACGAAAACAAACAUUAUAUUUAUCACUGAACUAACUAAUUCACUGAUCUAUUUUCUCAAAAGUUUUAAUGUGUUGUAUAAACCAUGAUCAACUGCUCAAGAUAUUUCCGUUUCACGACAAAGGCUCAAAUUUUUCAAAAUUACAAAACUAUCUGGGAUUUAAAAUUGAAACUUACUAUAUCUCUGCCUUAUGAUAUGUUUACAUUGUUAAUGAUAUUCAUCUGUUAGGCAAAGGGAUGCAAUUCAGUUCUCACUUUGCAACAGACCUGUUUUUUUUCAUAGCAAAAGUUGCAAAAGUUUAUAAGUACACCUUUAAAACACAUUUAAUUUGCUAGUGAAACACAUACACUAUGUAUAUAUAUUCCUCUAAACACACAUGCAUCUUAAAGAUUGGUGUGAAAUGCAACAAUCACCCACUUUGCUACUAUUUAGGUCAUUUUAGUAUAGUACACACUGCAACACAUUCAGAUUCCGGAGAAGUACUUAAAACACAUGGUUUGAUUUCAUGUGGUUAGAUGUUGCCUGUCACAUUAGCACCAAGCAAAAAAGAUUAUAAAUAUAUACAUAUAUAUGGAUUUGUUUUGGUCAAGAUGUCCAUAUAUAUAUAUAUAUAUAUAAUUUAUUUUAAAUUUCUGAGUAUUGGACAUCUUGACCAAAAAAAUCCAUUCUACCUUAGAAGUUCUUGACUGAUUAUUAUUAUUUUGAUGUCUUCAUCAAAAUAAUUUUUGGAGACUGAAAGCAGGAUAAGAAAAAUGGAAUUUUUUGGAUUAUAAUCUCAUAUUCUUACUUGAUAUCUCUAUUUUAGAGACCUAGCUUCAAAUGUUUUUGGGGUCCCUUUUGACAUAUUUCCAGCUAUAAAUUUUACCUAGAACAUAUUUCUACUUCACAAAAUCCUGUAUUUAUGUUAUUUUAGAUUUUCUAUUAAAAAGUCUCUUUUUUGUAAAGAUCUCUGACAGUCUCCUCUCAAAACAUGCUUCUUGAUAUUAACUGUGAUUUAUCUGCUGGGAUAUAAGAUUAACAAAACUUAAGGCAAUUUAACAUGAAAAAAUGUGAAUUUCAUGUAUGAGAAAUACUUUAACCAACUCAAUGUAUUAAAUGAUUCAACAAUUGAUAUUUCUGAGUUUACUUGAAAAACACUUCAUGUGUGAGCACAACAGUGCUUCAAGAAUAAAUCUUUGACCUAUG